AUGGAGAUGCUGAUGGAGGAGCUAAGGGUUGAUCUUGAUGAUGCACUUGAGGAGGUAGAGAGGACCCGUGGGGCACACGUGAAGUUUCAAACCUUGCAGAGGAUAUAUCAUACGGAGCUUACAGCGACACAUCAGGCUGCUGGUGACGAGGCAGAUGCGGAUAUACACAGAGAGCGGGUGCUGAGAUGUUACUUUCUAUAUUUGAUAGGCACUCAGCUCUUUAUGAGUACGAGCUCGACCUUCACCGACGUCGUUUACCUGACAUACUUAUCGGACAUUGUACGUGUUCGUGAGUACAAAUGGGGAGCGGCUACACAUGCCUACACCUACCACCGACAGGGAGAGGGAUGCUUGUGGAAGGCGAGGACUGUGGCUGGAAGUUGUACCCUCUUAGUGGCAUAG